UUUGGACUCUUCCUGGGCCUUAAAGAACAGCGUGAUCAUUGACAAAGCCUUGAAGAAAAAUUUUCCUGUUAAAAUUGAAGCCCAUAUCACGCUAACUGCUUUUUCUUUUUAGGCCCAUUAAAGGCGGAUCCGAUCCAAGCUUAUCUCCAACAACCCACCCGAAAAGCUCUUUCGGUCGAUUGUUUCGCUCUUCCCCAAGCUCCAAUCGGAUAAUACAGAGCAACAGAACUGAAUCGCCCAUCACCAACUCAUAUCAACCGCCGCAAUGCCGGUCUUCAAAACGCCGUUCAACGGCUACUCCGUCAAAUUUAGUCCUUUCUACGAAUCACGUCUCGCCGUCGCCACCGCCCAAAACUUCGGUAUCCUUGGAAACGGCCGCAUCCACGUGCUUUCUCUCCCUCCAACCCCUACCCUUCCCCUCUCCGAACUCGUCGCUUUUGACACUGCCGACGGCGUCUACGACAUCGCCUGGUCCGAGUCCCAUGAAUCUCUCUUAGUUGCCGCCGUCGCUGAUGGCUCUGUCAAGCUCUUCGAUUCCGCUCUUCCUCCGGCGCAAAAUCCUGUCCGUUCCCUCCAGGAACACACGCGCGAAGUCCAUUCCGUUGACUACAAUCCCACGCGCCGUGAUUCCUUUAUCACUUCCUCAUGGGAUGAUACUAUCAAGCUCUGGACUUUGGACCGUCCCGCCAGCAUCCGUACAUUCAAAGAACAUGCGUAUUGCGUCUACUCCGCCGCGUGGAACCCUAGGCAUACCGAUGUUUUUGCCUCUGCUUCCGGUGAUUGUACGGUCAGAAUUUGGGACGUACGCGAACCAGGGUCAACGAUGAUAAUUCCGGGUCACGAUUUCGAAAUUUUAUCUUGCGAUUGGAAUAAGUAUGAUGAUUGUUGCGUCGCGACAGCUUCAGUGGACAAAAGCAUUAAGGUUUGGGACGUGAGAAGCUACAGAGCGCCAAUCACUGUGUUAAAUGGGCAUGGCUAUGCUGUUAGGAAAGUGAAGUUUUCACCGCAUCAUAGGAAUUUGAUGGUGUCUUGCUCUUACGAUAUGACAGUGUGUAUGUGGGAUUAUAUGGUGGAGGAUGCAUUAGUUGGGAGGUACGAUCACCACACAGAAUUCGCAGUUGGAGUGGAUUUGAGUGUUCUUGUUGAGGGAUUAAUGGCUAGUACUGGCUGGGAUGAGCUGGUUUAUGUUUGGCAGCAUGGGACAGACCCCAGAGCACCUUGAUAGGGAAGUGUUUUCUACUUGUUCUUGUUGUGAUAUUUGCUGUUAGAGUUGCAUUUUCUAUAGGGAAAAGCAUUAAAGUGAUGCUUUUUGGGGAUAAUGGUGACAUUUAUGAUGAAUAAUUUGCUGAAUGAUCCCCUGUAUGUCAUUUUUAAUAAUGCAAAAGGUUUUAUAUCUUGAUUUGCGCUUUCCUGAGUUCUGGUAAUUGUAUCUUGGUUAAGCAUUUA